AUGGGCCCCCCCGGCCAAGCGUCGCUCGUUGAAAUAGCCCUUAAGUCUCGAAGGGGACUGGACAGACUGGCCGCUCGCUUCGCAGAUCGCGCCCCACACGCCUUCCAUGUCCACCGGGUGCAGUUCGCGGCCUGGCUGGAGCACUGGAGCGUGUUGGAGACCGACCGGGUGGACAUGACGUUGGACUACCAGUUGAGGACGGCUUUGAAAACCGUUGAGAAUGUUGAGGCUUUGGAGGUUGCUGUUGUUGGUGCUGCCAUCGCUGCUAUGGGAAUAGAUGAUGCCUGGUAUUCUUCCGAUUCAUCAGAGGCAGCCGACCUGGACGCCGAGUUCGCCGAAGAGCCGCGACACAGGGACUGCGAGGACCCGUUCACCAACCUCCUGAAGCUCUGCCGCUACGAGCUCUGGCAUCUGAUCCGGACGCUGGACCGGAACACGGCUCUCUUCGCCCAGUCCAGCAUGUAUGCGCCGAGUGACCUGCUGGUCCACCACGCCAACUACAUCGUCUGCGACGAAUGGGAUCGGGAGGUCACCGAAAGGUUCGAGGCGAUGGUCUGCCGCGCCCUCCGCUACCGCUGCAAGGUCCAUAACAAGGUGCUCCAGGCCCGACUGGGGAAGAUGGUCUGCGAUCGUCGCAGGGCGUUGAACUAUCACAGUCGCUCCCAGGAUGACUCCCCCAUGCACAUCCCCAGGCAGAACCUGAACCCCGUCACCUUCGUGUUGGCCAUGCGGGACGCAGCACAGGAAGAGCAUCCCCCUCCUCCCCCUCUCGCCCCGGGCCAGGAAGAGUUCGAGUGUCCGUACUGCCGCUUCAAGCUGCCAGCAGCUCGAUACGCCUCGCAUGAUGCAUGGAGAAAACACGUCCUCACCGACCUGGAGCCCUACAUCUGCAUCUUCGACGCCUGCACCGAGGAAGCCAACACCUUCCACACCCCACAGCAAUGGCUCUACCACAUGGAACUCCACCACUCAUCGACCUGGAUCUGCCGCGUGCCCCGCUGCCGCAACCGCACCUUCUACCGACAAAUCGCCUUCGAGCAACACGGCAUCAACGCCCACGGCUAUACCUCCGAAUCCCUGCGGACCAUCUGCCACGAGUCCCGCCGCCCCUACCCAGCCAUCUUCCACCGCUGCCCCUUCUGCGGCCCGCGCCCCGACCAAGACCCCCCCCGCGACGACGACGCCUACCCCGGCAACGCGGCCGCCCACCACGCCGCCCACCGACUGUACCACCACGUCGCCCGCCACCUGGAGGAGUUCGCCCUCAUGGCCAUCCCUUACACCCCGAGUGAGCCGGUCGUCUACCCUACACCUCCCGCCGGUGGUGGUGGUGGUGGCAGAUACAGCCGCCAUAUCCUGCCCAUUCCGCGGGUGGAGGACCACGGCAACUGGGAGUGGAUCUUCGAUGAGAACCUCCCCGCGUACAUGUACCGCCGCGACGUGUUUCCGGGCUCGUCGCGGUCGUCGGUGUCGGCGGCGUCGACGCCGUACUAUCGGCCCUCGACGCCCGUGGACGGCCCGGAUAUCUCGGAGUUGGUGGAUGUGGUGGAGAGUGAGGAUGCGGAUGUGUCGAUCUAUGAGGACGCGGAGUUGUUUGAGGGGGACGAGGAUGGGUUCUUGGACGGGUAUGAUGAGUUUGUUGCUGGGUAUGCGGGGGCACGCGGGUUGACUGGAUGGGAUGGGGAGAGUUGA